GCAUUCCCAACAACCUCGCCGCCGCCGCAGCCGCAGCCGCAGCCGCCGCCGCACGCCGCCGCGUCCACCGAAACCACCGCCGCCGCGAUCUCCGCCUUCUACUCCCGCGUCGCGCUCCCCUCGCCUUCCUCCACUCAGGCGGCGCUUCUUCUAGCGUCUUCGGCGGGGGUCGGCAUUUCGACGAGCACCUAACCCGCGCGCGCGCGUGCGGUCAAGCUCCACCCCCCAACGCGGCGCGAUGGCGACACGAGACGCCGCGGACUCCGCGGCAUUGCGCGAGGAGGCGGCGGGGAUCCUGAGGCUGCACCACGAGGGGGGUUUCGCGGCGGCGAUGGCGCGGGCGGUGGAGCUCGGGCUGAAGCACGGGGGCUCCGCGCUCGUGCUCAACCUCGUCGGCACCCUGCACCAGGUCAACUACACCGCCUGCAGGGUCAUGUCGUGCUGCAGCGGCGGGGGCGCCUGGUCCGGGAAGGAGGGCUCGGCCGAGGACGAGGAGGAGCACAAGCGCGCCGCGCUCUCCGCCUUCGCCGCCGCGGCGUGGCUCGCCCCCAACUGCGUCGACAUCGCCGUCUCGCACGCCGAGAUGCUCUCCGAGGUCGAGAGGUACGAGGAGGCGUACGUGGAGCUCCUCCGCGCCCUCGGGAUCUCCGACCCCGCCGACCCCGCGGCGCACGACGUCGUGUAUGACGUGUGCGACGGCGAGACGACCCUCGCCGAGAGGUUGGGGAAGGCCAAGGUCAGGACUCACCGCGCCAUAGAGCGCCUCGCCGAGCUGAUCUGCGCACGGUUCAUCCCGGCGGAGUCCUUGCGAGUGCUCGACGGCAUCAAGCUCGGCGGGGACGCCGCCGCCAGAGCGCGCGCGCGAGCGAAGCAUCUCGCCACGACCUACCCGUUCGCGCCGCGCGCCCACCUCCUCCGCGCGCACGUCGACCUGGAGCGCGUCCGUGGCUUGGACCCGGCCAUCGACAAGAGGCGAUUCCUGCGCCGCACCCUCGACAUGGUCCAGGACACCGCGUAUGAGUUCCAGCGAUCGCUCGUGAUCGCCCUGUUCCGCGCCAAGCUCAUGUUCGUCCUGGAUCAGUACGACGAUGCCGAAUGCGAGUGCCACAGGGCGCUUGCCAUCGAGAGCCCUUUCGACCCGGUGGUGGAUGACUUGCCUCCAGGAUCUGUCAGUGGAGCAGAUUAUGAUGCCAGAGUGUGUUUUGUCAGGAAUCAGCUUCGUACACUGAUCAAGAAGAUCAUAUUCUCGGCUGCAAUUUACUGGCGCACUCUAACAAGCGAGGAUGAGGAUAGCUUGAUAUCAGUGAGGGUCAAGCCAUUGAUUCAACUAUGCAAUAGAACUGACAUGUCGUCUGCAAAGACCAUAACGGAUGCAGUGCGCUUUUUCAAGGGCAACAAUUCAUGGAGUUUCUUGAUUUGCCCUCUGUCGAGUCGCUGUGAUGGCCGGAAGUUUGUGGACACUUCUUCACUCUGGGGACACCUGUGCAACAAGCACCCAGAGGGGCACUGGAGAAAGCUCCAAUCAGUUUUGGGUUCAAAACUAUCUGAAAAUACAUCAGUGGGGGACUGUUCCUUGGAAUGGAUAACUUUUGGUCAAGAUUCAGAGAAGCAUGACAUCUUCCGUUUAAUAAAGAUAAACGAUAUGUUCGAUUCCUUGAUUCGUCUGACAGCUGGUGGAACAGAACCAGAUUUGGUGGAAAUGCGUACAGAGAAAUGCAGAGAAGGGGCUGAGAUCCUUGAGGGAAUCAAGAAAAGGUUGGGGACUUUGCCUACAGAUACAUCUAGCUCUCAGUUUGACGAGGCUCGAGUCGGAAUACAAAAUAUGUGGCUUAAGUUCCUCAAAGUAUCUGUUUUGGAUUAUCGUGGCGUCAUAUUUCCACUUGUGAGAUCGUUCGUAUGGGGGAAAUUAAAGAAACGCAUGGCUGGAGAUCCAAAUAUUGUUGGCCAUAUUAGUGCUUCCAAAAUUGAUCCUAUAUUUGAUGAUGCUCCUAGUGCCCGUUGCAGGAAUGUUUCUGUAGGACAUGACUCCAAUCCCUCCGAUGCAAACAAAAUGGGUACAGCAAGCCAACAGAAUCUGAAGACUUCAUUCUCAAAUGAGACACUUAAAUCUGGCAAAGAUCACCAAGAAAGUGAGGUUUGUGUUGAAAAUGGCAGUUCUGGGGCCAAGGUUGAUACACCAAUGGAUGUGGAAGGAAUCGAGAUGGAGAUAGCUGAAAUACUGGCUAAUAUGGAACAGAAUUUACAACUAGAAGAAACUGAUAGCAAAUCAACUGAGGAAAUGUCAAGCACCACCGGCAAUGAAAAUGUUGAUGUUAACAAAGAAAUAACCGACAAAGACCUGUUUAUCCUUCAUCCAAUCAUACAGUCAUUGUGGAAUUUGAGGUACUUGAGAGAUGAGUUUUUAAUGGGAAAACCUGCAUGGAUCCUGAAUAUCAGUGGGAACUGCUGCAUUGCUGACCUAAUCUAUGGAAUCUUCUCUGCUUGGGAGAAAAAUGAACACGACAGAGUGGCUGUUUUGCUAGCUUCUGUGAAGUCCAGUCUCUGUAAAAUUGCAAAUGAUAACAUGUUUCAGAAGCUCCAAUCUGGAAAAAGAAUUGCAUCUGAGGUUGUGGCAACAGUUUUUCAAGGGCUGCAUAUAUCGGAAGCUUCUUUGCAUUUUUGUUUCAACAGUGAGAUUGAGGGGCGUGUAGUAAGUCCUAUCAGCUGCCGAGAUUGCAUAUGCCGAACACAUAAUCUGUUUGGAAUUAUGUUCCAUGUGCGAAUGAGCUGCAGAUGUGGGAAGUCUUUUAGUGAGAAAGAACAUACCACAAUUGUAUAUAGACUUGAUGCUGGUUCACCUCAAACAACAAAGAUCAAUUCCUUUGCAGACCUUCCUGUUCUAUAUGAUCAGCAGUUAUGCUUUGAGGACAAUUGCGAGUAUUGUGGAAGUUCGAAGAAAGUUGAUGUUUCUCCGUUUAACACGCCGCAUUUCUUUACUAUAGGUUUAGACUGGUUUGGUGGCAGUGAAGACCAGGGUCGGCUAUCUGAACUUCUGGUUGGCAUUGCACAUCCCCUUGACAUUAAACUUCUCUGCAAGGGUGUUCGCUUCUCAGCAAACUAUUCUCUGGCCUCAAUGGAAUCCAAAAAGGAGGGAAAAAGCAAUGAGCUACUUGGUAUUGGUUGAUAUCUGUUGUCAAUUGUGUUUCUUGACUCGUAUUGUAUCUUAAUAUCAUCACCACAUAUUAUACUCAAGGCGAGGGAAGUCACAGGGAAUCAAGGUUUUACUAGAACUAAACGGACCAAUAUAGUGGAUAAUGGGUUGAAGCUAUGAUCCAUCUGAGUUGGCCAUAUAGUAUUUUGGUGAAUAUUUCAAUGGUUUUGUUGGCGAAUGUUAUUCUGCAGAAACCUUACUGAUCUCCAGCAUUUGGAAUGCUUCAAAACAAAGAAUUUUAUCAAGAGUUUUGUAUGCAGAACUGGCAGCAACAAGCCAACAACUAACAUCUUGUGUAAUUUCACAAUCUCACUGAAUGUUUUGUCAGGCUGUCAGCAUGUUUCAUUGAUUGAGAAUUGAAAUGGAGUAAUAUGGCAGGGUGAUCUUUAAUGGGCUUGUUUCAAUCUCUGUUACUCCCAGUUAUUUAUAUUCAUCCUUUGGUUUAUAUCUCGAUACCAAAAUGUCACCAUCAGAAAUCACAAUCAGUGGUACAGAACUUACAUUGGUUUUGUUUUCUAUUCAAUAAAUUUAUUAUUCUCUUGCAACGAGUUCUACUUCUUUGGCCUUUUGCAAGGUUUGUCAGUUGCUUAUGCUUAACAACACAACAGUGUCUAGCAAAUGCAGUAUAUUAGUUUUCUAUACCCCCAGCUUAUUAACUCCCUGCCAACCAAAAACUCUGCAGAUCUCCUAUGCUGAUGGGCGCUACGUCUGCUUUGCUCGCAAUCAGGACAAGUGGCUCAUCUGUGAUGCUGAGAAUGUUGAGGCAGCAGAUUCCUGGGAGCUGUUGCUUGAACGCUUCAGUGUCUGCAGGCUCCAACCUGAAGUUCUCUUUUUCGAGGUCAUCAAGUAGAUAUACGAGUGCCUGGAACAACCCUUUCGCAACAUUGUGUUUGUAUCUUAAUUCUGGCAUUCUUGCAAGGAAAUAGUUGUUGCUGCAUGUCACCGACUCGCUAUCCUGCUGCUAUCUCUACAUCAGGAAAGGCCUUUAGUUUGAAACGCAGCGUUUUUAUGGAUUUGGUGGAGAUCUUAUGAAUUCUGAUCAACUUGUACGAUCAGUCCACAUUGUAUUGUGAUGAAUGAUACCAUUUCCUUUCAACCGUCACGAGUAGAAGUCAUGUUUGAUAUCAGGCUAUUAGUUAUACUGUGAUGACUGAUGAAUGAUACCAUUUCCUUUCAACCGUCACGAGUAGAAGUC